GGUUUUAGGUUUAAAAGCAUCGAAUGGAAUCCAUUUGCAUUCGAAAAGUGGACCAACACAAAGACUUGAUAUUGUGGAAUGAUGAGCAAACAAGCGAUAUCAUGUGACGAGCAAGAAAGGCUCUUGUGUUAUAAUGGGGAAGUGCUUGUUUUUCGAUUGUCUAAAGGAAAUUUUGCAGAUAAAGGGCCUGCAGAAAUACCCGUAUUACAUGUCAGAAGAAUGGUAUUUGACACAGAAACAAGUGCAUUUGUUCAGAAGUCCACGGGAUUCUUUAGCAUAAAGGAAGAAAACUCGUAUCACUUCAAAAUCAUGUGUUGCAACUGUGUGUCAGAUUUCAGAACUGGAAUGAACCUCCCUUGUAUUAUGAUACAAUGCAAUGAAAAGGAUCAUGUUUUCAAAUAUUUUCUACUAUUUCUUCACAGUACCAAUACAUUUGAAAAGCGUUUGAGUUUUAGACUAGGCCAUGAGUUGAAGGAUGGCGUAAGGGUCUUGAAUGGCCCUUUAAUUUUAUGGAAACAUGUCAAAACCUUCUUCUAUAUCUCUUCCCAAACUGGCAAAGUUAUGACUAUGUCCGUUAACUUGUCAUCUAUUGAGUGGGCAGGAGAGAUUGAAAAUCUAGGUAUGGUUUUAAUAGGACAAAAGAACUGUUAUUUAUCUGAGGAAGAAGGCACCCCGGAGCCUUCAAAAUCAGAUUAUGCAGUUUGGAACACCACGUUUUGUGUAUGCUUCCUUGAAAGCGAAGAAGUAAUAAGUGAUACAUACAUUAUCCCUCCUGCUUACAGCACUGUAAUAACUCAUGUGCAUGUCUGUGCAACUGAGUUUGUCAACAAGCAGCUAAGAAUGUCUCUGAUUGCCCUUACUCGAAAGAAUCAGCUGAUUUCAUUCCAAAAUGGGACUCCUAAAAGUGUGUGCCAGCUUCCAUUUGGAGAUCCUCGUGAAGUGCAACUUAUGGAUUCAGGCGAAGAUCCCCUUUUCAUUGUAUCCUUUAGGUCCAGUGCUUGUGCUGUGUGGGAAAAGAACUUUCAGGUUGCUGCUCAGUGGGAAAAAAUUAGCUUGGUCCUCGUAGAUGACUUUAUCGGAAGUGGAAGGGAACAAGUACUGCUCCUUUUUGAGGACUCCUUGAAUUCAGAUUGCCUGAGUUCCUUUAAAAUCACAAAUCUUGAAAACAUAAACUAUUCGAGUGAAGCAUUGGAUUACAGUGAAGAUGACUUAUCUGAAGACAAACCAGAUAACCGUUAUUUGGUGAUUCCAGCUCUGGAAAGAAGAGUAAAAGUUGGCUUGGUUUCUAUUCAGGAAAUACAGCAGCAUCUUUUGCUUAAGGAAAAAAUUGUUUUAAAAUCUUACAAAGCUUUAAUGAACCUGCUUCAAGGAAAAGAAGAUAAUACAUCAAUUGCAGAGGAGGAAUGUCUCGUCACUCUUUGUGGUAAUGAAGAAAAUCCUGUCCAUACUGCUGAUGAAGAGUUAUCAGACAAUUCUCAAGAUUCAGAACAGCUAGUAGAGAAGAUAUGGUAUCGUGUAAUAGAUGAUAGCUUGGUUGUUGGAGUGGAAACUGUAUCUUCUUUGACGCUGUCCCUGAACCAGGUGACUUUAUCAUUGUUAGUGGAUGAACCCCAUUGCUCCAGCUUUCAGCUUAUUAAGUGUCAAAAUCGGCUGAUGAAGUUGUGUAGGGACUCUUUUCCAGCACCGUGUGCAGUGCCCUGUGAAAUAGGAUCAGAGGCCAAAAGGAUCAAGCUGACUGUUGACAGUGAGGAAGAGGAGGAGAGCUUUGCUCGGGCACAGCCAUCUGAGAAAGAGUGUGUACAGACCAUCACGGCUGUCACACCCCUUUCGCCACUUUUAGCGUCCAGUCAGUUUCAUUGCACUCUGCUGCUACAGAUCAGGAAGAGCGAAAACGGUAACUGUUCUGAACAUCGUUACAUUCCGUGUGGCCGGCUUUUUUUAAGUCUAGAAGAUCUUUCAAGUGGGAAAUACCUAGUGAUGUUUCCAAAGAAACCUAUAGAACACAUGGAAGAUCUGUUUGCACUCCUUGCAACAUUGCACAAAACUUGUUUCCAGAUUGCAUCAGCCAGCUAUGCCCUGAUUUCAAUGAAGGCAUGGCUCUUAGAACGCAUGAACUGUGAAGUAAUCAAAGAAUUUCCAGAAAUUUGCUUUUGUAAAGGGCCAGAAGGUUUGUAUGGAACACUCUUCCACUGGAAACAAAGGACACCAUUUGAAGGGAUUUUAAUCGUCUAUUCCAGGAAUCGAACAGCUUUGUUACAGUGCCUUCAUAAUCUCACCAGAAUUCUCCCUAUAAACUGUUCCCUCAAAAAUCUAAAGUCAGGAAGUGACGGUUUGCUAAGUGAUCGUUUGGCGUUAACUCUGGAGAAGGAAUUGGUUAUCCUUGGUUCUCUUUCUUCUGCCUUAGUUAAGGCGGACAACGGCUCGGCGCAGAGGUGUGAAACAAGUAAAGAAAAGAGUAGUGAUGUUCUUGCUGCUUUAUCAGACAGAAAAGACAGCAUCCAUCCCUACAGAGAAGAACUUCAGAGAGAAAAGCGAGCGUUGGAAACGAAUCUAAAAGUGAGUGGUGCCCUUUACAGAGAAAUGACUGUGAAAUUGGCGGAGGUUCAGCUGAAGUCAGACCUUGCUGCGCAGAAACUGAGUACUUAAUAAUUAGAAUCUCAACCUGAUUCUAUUUUAAAACAUUUUUCCCCCCUGCCAGAAUGUUUUGCUUCUACUUGUUUUUAUUUUACAUUACAUGCCUCCUUUGUAAGAAUAAAACAGGAGGCUUUUUGUAGAAUCUUUGGUUUUGAUGGUGCCCGGAAUAGAUGAUGCCUUAGAGCGGCAGUUCUCCACUGGGCCAUUUUGCCUCCCUCCAAACCUAAUCCCCUUUCUCCCCCCACCCCACUCCACCCAGGGGCAUUGGGCUCGUUUGGAGACAUUU